AUGCGUAUUAUUUUGUUUGUAGCGUUGACUGUUUGCCUGUGUGUCUUGAACCAUGCCGCUCAAAUUCAUCAACUUCUUCACGACGGACUAUGUCUGUGUGUUGCUGACUCGGACGUGUAUGCCAGGACUGGACCUGGCCCCCAGUACUUGAUAGCCGGCACGUUGCAGGUCAACGAGUGCUUCGUGUCCAAUGGAGGGUUAUUCCACGAGGGCCAUGAAGAGGGUCAGUCUUGGUAUGAAGUGAAAGAAAUCAAAGGCCAGAUUGCCUGGAUUGACGGCUAUCACCUACGAGUUAAAAAUGCUACGUCAUGUCCAAAUACUGGAGCAGUUGUUCUCACAGGUGCACAGAAUAUUCCAACUUGUUUGACACACGAGGGAUUGUUCCAGGAAGGCGACAGAAUCCAUCAGACAGGACAAGUUUGUCGAUGUCAAAACUCCCAAGUAGUUUGUCCUCACACUGCUGUCGGCUAA